CGAAUAAAGUCAAACUCAGUUAAAUAGUCUAAUAAAUAUAAAUCAUCAAAUUGUUUUGAACACUAAUUGUGCCUAACGCCUCCGAAGGGUUAAUCCGGUAAUCGAAGGCCCGACUUCGGAAAAUCUCUUAACCUCUUUCUCUCCACCACUUACCGUCGGAAAAUAGCACACAGUUUCCAAAUCUCACUUUCUCUCUCUUCUCCUGAUACUUCCAUCAUCAUCUCCCGUACAAUUUUCACGGAACCUUGAUUAUGGCUGACUCGUCUUCCUAGCAUCUCAAUCAUGUUUUCCUUCAGGAGUCUUUGGAGUAGGCAUAAGAAGAAGGUUUUUGUUACAUUGGGAAUUGCUGGAAGUGGGUAUUUUUUAUACAAGCUAUAUGAUGCUCAUAAGCGACGCCUUGAUGAAGUGGCCGUGGAACUGGCUGCUGAACGGGAACAUGAUGAAAGGAUUAAGGCUCAAAUGCAAUAUCAUUUUGAGACCAUUCAAAGAAUAGCUGACACAACGACGUUGCCUCGUGCUAUGCAUUACUUAAGCAAUCGGAUAAAUGAGGAGUUAAAUUUGUCAGUAUUGACUGAGAUACUGAAACAAGGAAAGGAUGUUAUGACUCUUCCGGAGAAAUUGGAAUUAUGGGAUAAACUCAAAGUACUGAGUUUUACCAAAAUGGUUUUAUCACUUUGGUCGGUUACUAUGAUUAGCUUAUUUGUUAGAGUACAAGUGAACAUAUUGGGACGACAUCUGUACAUUGAUAUUGCAAGAUCUCAGGAAAGCUCUCCCUUGAUUGAAGAAGCUACUUUCACUGAUCAGGAUGAUGAACAAAACUUUUUGGCAAAGGCUGAUUAUCUGGCUAGCCACGGCUUGCCUGCUUUAAUUUUCAAUAUGCAGGCUGCUGCAGCAGAAAUUUUGAAAAACAAGCAACUGAAAGAUGUUUUCAACUCGUCAAUUCUUCAUGAAACUGUUGUUCAAAUACUCUACACAUUUAUGAGCAUGGGGAGGCCUCAUCAUUGGAUCGAAUACCUGAUGGCUGAGGAUGCUAAAUUACCCAGCCUAACACCUUCCAUGAGCAGUAAUAAUUUAAUUCUUGCAGAUGGGUCCAAAUUUGAUCAACUCAUGAAAGAGGCACACUCAGUUUUAUCAAGUGACGAGUUUACACACGUGGUAGAAGUGUCUUUGAAAACAGUGGUGAAUGCAAUAGUAAACGACAUUUUUGUUGAACAAUCCGGAUCAGGGACACCGUCAUCAAGCAUAGCAUUAGUGAAACUAGUACCACGAAUUGCACAAACGAGCCAGGUAAUACUCGAUGAACCUACUACUAAUCAGUUUGUUCAAACGAUAAAAUCUAUACAGGAUGUCGAGUUGUUUUUCACCAUCCUCUACGCAAACGCUUCUACUGUGUAAUUAGUUAGUUUCGAGGUUGUACAAUUCAUACUUGUCUCGAGACUCGGUAGCUAAAAUGGGUCCGGUCCGCACAUUAGCGAAAAUUGUUUUCGAGAUGAAUAUUUGGAGAGGAAACACCUACUUUGGGACCUUUCUUUUCCAUUUACUUAUUAUACUUGGAUGAAAGUUUUCAAAUGCCUUCUACAUUAGCCUCCUAGUUAGUUCUUGUCAAAAUUUUAUAAUUAUCUAUAGAUUUUGUUGCAAAGGUUGAAUGGUGUUGUAAUAAUUGAUUUUAUUGAUAAUUAGUUGCUAUUUGUAUUUUUAUAUGUAUGAUUCCUCACAUUUGCUUAGUCUUAUAAUAUAAAGGGAGAUCGGUUUACGAUUAUACACUCCUUCGUUUCA